UUCAUAUAAACCGAACAGCCGCAUCGCCUUCUCUGCAAGCGCAACCCCCCUCUCCUCCCUAACAGCAGGUUCUCAUUUCUCAAUUCUCACGCAAGAAGUACUAAUCCCAAUUACGCCAUGAAAGAAGAACACCACCGCUUCCCCUCAAUCGCCAACUGCGAUCUCUCCGGCCGCGAAACUCACGCCGUCGCCGCCGAUCUCGACGGAACCCUCCUCGUCUCCCGCAGCUCCUUCCCUUACUUCUUCCUCCUAGCAGCAGAAGCCGGCAGCCUUUUCCGCGCCGCUCUCCUCCUCCUCCUCUCCCCCCUCAUCCUCUUCGUCUACAGACUAGCCUCCGAAGCCGCCGGAAUCCAGAUCAUGAUCUACAUCGCGGUCGCCGGAAUACCGAUCCGAGACAUUGAGCUCGCCGCUCGCGCCGUGCUUCCGCGAUUCUAUGCCGCGGAUGUUCGACGGGAUAGUUAUCGCGCUUUCCGGGCGUGCGGGCGGCGGAGAGUGGUGGUGACCGCAAAUCCGACGGUGAUUGUGGAUCCGUUCGUGAAGGAGUAUUUGGGAGGGGAUCGGGUGCUGGGAACGGAGCUGGAGGUGGAUUUGAAAACAGGGAAGGCUACAGGGUUUGUGGCCGGAGCAGGGGUGCUGGUUGAUGAAAGGAAGCGGGAUGCGGUUCGGAAGGAGUUUGGGGAUGAUUUGCCGGAGCUAGGGAUUGGGGAUCGGGGAUCCGAUCAUGCGUUUAUGGCGAUCUGCAAGGAGGGUUAUAUGGUUCCACCAAACCGGUCCGCCCCACGCGUGCCACAAAACGAGCUCCAGGCUCGCACGAUCUUCCACGACGGCCGUCUCGUCCAGCGGCCGGAACCCUCGGCGGCUCUCCGAGUCCUUCUCUGGUUCCCUCUCGGCCUCCUUGUAGCAUUAUUCCGCGUCUUCUUCAACCUCCCCAUCCCCCCACACCUCGUCCGCUACACCUACCGUCUUACCGGCAUCCGCCUCUCCAUCCGCGGCCAUGCACCGCCACCUUCCACCCCCGGCUCCCUCCUCGUCUGCAACCACCGCACCGCUCUCGACCCCAUUCUCGUCAGCAUCGCCCUCGGCCGCCCCGUUUCCUGCGUCACCUACAGCAUCUCCCGCGUCUCCAGCUUCCUUUCACCCAUUCCUAACGUCCCCCUCUCCCGCGAUCGCGCCACCGAUGCCGCUCGGAUCUCCGACCUCCUCCGCCGCGGCGACGUCGUCGUCUGCCCCGAAGGAACGACUUGCCGCGAGCCAUUUUUGCUCCGAUUCAGCGCUCUGUUUGCGGAGCUUAGCGAUCGGAUCGUUCCGGUGGCCAUCAACACGAAACAGAGCGUGUUCUACGGGUCGACGGUAAGGGGGUUUAAGUUUGCGGAUCCUUUUUUCUUUUUCAUGAAUCCGAGGCCGGAGUACGAGGUGACUUUCUUGCCGCCGUUGAGGAAGGAGGAGACUUGCGGCGGCGGGAGGUCGGCGAUUGAGGUUGCGAACCAUGUGCAGAAGGUGAUUGCGGAUGAGCUUGGGUUUCAGUGCACGGAGCUUACGAGGAAGGAUAAGUAUCUUAGGCUUGGAGGGUAUGAUGGGAAGAAAGGGUGAGAGAUGCUCCCAAGGUGUUUGAUGAAAUGCCUCACCCUUCAAUGUUAAAUUUUUUUAUUAAAUUAUUAUUAUUUUCUUGCUUUUGUUGUUGAAAUAUUUGCUCAAUAGCGUAAUUUGUUCGAUGAAAUGUCCAACGGGUACUGAUUUAAUGGCAUGGCAAAUGCUGUGAUUGUUGCUAUGUAAAACUAGGGCUAAUUCAGUUUCAAACGGCUCUAUUUUUCUCUUUAUGGGAAUAUUUCAACAUUGUGGUCGUAUGCUCGUAUUCAUUUCUCAAAAGUUUGUUCUCAAUAUUUUCAAAUGA